AUGGACGAGCAUCCUAACGACGUUCUGGUCCAGGGGGACGAGUCGACAUCAGAGUCCCCAUAUGCACCGCAGCCCGAGACCGAGGCCUCACUGGUCUUGAAGGCGACGGCCAAUAGCUAUCCUUUUCUGGUCCACUCGACUGAUACUCUGGCCAACAACCGCCCUCCCAAUGUCGACAACAAGCCUCUGGCACGCCAGAAGCGCAGGAGGACAAGAAAGUCCAAGCCGCUGGAUCCUCGUGAAAUGGCCAUGUAUUCAUCACCGCUCGAUGCCCACACGGCAGAUCACCAAGAAGACUCGUCUUUAAGCCUGGACAACGCCACACACACGACCGAUCCCGCCUCAAUACCCCAAGACAAGACUGCUGCACCCGCCAGCCAGAAUGCCUCGACCUCAUUCAUCGAGGUCCCCAGCUCGCAACCAGAAGCAGCCUCUCAGGACUCGGCGUCGAAACCCGGCUACCUUUCCAACAGACGUAACAAUGCUUCUUUCACUCAACUCGAUUCGCAGGAAACACAACCAGACAGCCAGGACCCGCCGGCAAAGCGACUUAGAAAGUCAGACUCCAAAAUCCGCCUGUCCAUGACGGCAGAUGGUGUUGCUCGUGUCAUUGAUGGAGACGAUCUUACAUCUUCCCCUCCUCGCAAGCUUCCCNCUCCUGUGUCUGCUAGUACAGCUUUCGACGAACCUGCCAGUCAAUCGAACGACCUAUAUCGUACUAACAGCCAGGUCAGUCUUUGCGACACACCAGGCAGCCAAGAGGGCGCCACCAGUCUUCGUCGCAAACCCAGCGGACGAUCUCGUGAUUCACGUGUAUGGUCCUUCUUUGCCGACCGUGGCGCUCGUAGUGAGCUAGAGGACCGUGCCAACCAAGAGGCUAGCGGUGAUGCUGCUGAAGCCAUCUCCCUCUUGCGUCAGCAGGAGAAGGAUCGCGCAUACCACCCUCUAACCCGCGUACCUUCUCUGAAGCGUCUCAAUCCCCAGACCAUCUCCAACGAAGAUCGUGCCGUGAAGCGUCUGCGCCAGAGCCAGUCCUUCAAUGCGCCCCCUCCUUCAUCUGCUCCUUCAGCCGUAGCCGCUACUCCCUUCCGUCAACCUUUGAUGCAACGCUCAUCCUCAGCGCGUAACAUGCAAUCUACAAACAGAAGGCUAGCCCACCACGACCCUCUACUCUUAGCAAAGACGCCCAAACUCAAGCAGACGCCCACCUUUGAGAUUUCGGCCACAGACUCGGACAAGGAAAAUUGGAGUCCUGGAGACCGCCCUUCAGCUUUCAUGGACCGCCAGUUCUUGCAUCAAAUGGCGACUUCACCUGCCGUCAUGCCAUCGACGGUCAAGCGACCCCGUGCACUCGUAGGCUUUCACGAAACGCCCGCGCCUCGCAGUCGUGGCAAACAUGGCAACAGAACUCAAGUCGAGCAUUUGGAUGACGACGAUGAUGAUGAGGAUGUCAUGCAAUUCAUGAAUCAGCCCAGUAGUGGUGUCAGAAAGGACAAGGCGCAUCGUUCGCUUGAGAGAGACGAGCGCCAGAGCUCAGAAGAGGAAGAUUUGAACUGCGUCGAGGGGCUGCUCAAGUUGAGCCAGGGCAACUGGGGCGGUGGCAGGUAA